AUAUGCCUGUUUUCCUCCUUCUGUGCUGCCUUCCAGGGACAAGGAUUAUUACAUCAUUUUAUCCCUGAGCAGCAGGAGGCGGAGCUACGAAACGAGAUUCACUACCUCUAGAGGUGACAUCCUAGUGCCCAAGAUGGAAUCCCACAUUGCAGAGGAGCUAGGAAGUUCCCGUCUUUCUGAGACAUCUGCCAAGGACCAGCACUCUACACUCCUUGGAGACGCCGGGACAUCUGGAGUCCGCCGGCAGCACCCACAGGAGAACAGCCCCGAGCUGAUAGGGAGUAUGUUGUCAUAUAAGCCCUCAAGGCCUGGGAGGAGCCAGGGUGAGGGGUGCAAGGAGCACUGACCGGCGGGCCGAAGACUUGGGGCCGGUCCAGGCCCUGUCACACACAGCCUUGGGCACCGCACACAUGGCAGAGUAGAACAAGCCUGGAUUCUGGAAUCGGGGGUCUCCUCUUGUCCCCGUUCUGCUGCUGGGGGACAAAGUAUUCCAGCUCUCUCAGCCCCCAUGACAUUUUCUUUUAUCAAGUGAGAGUAAGGGCAUCUCCCUCCCAGGGAACGGAGGAUCAAAUGCAGCAGGCCAUGGAUUGGGGAGGUGGGGGCCGCACCUGCCAGGCCGGCCACUGCAAGCAAGCACGGAGCCGGGUUCAGGGGAGGUGCUCGCCCUCUCUCGCCUCUCCGAGCCGGAUUCCCUCGGGACUUCUGCGUCCUCAUCUGGAAAAGGAGCGCCUGUAGACGAGCUGCCAUCCAAAGUGAUGUCCUGCGAUCAGAAGGAGCAUGGGUUGGAGACAGUCACUGACCAGAGGGGCCCGUGGAGGCCGAGAAGGCCCCGCUGUGUGACGUCACAGGGAGAACACCUCUCCAGCCUGAUUACCGGCUGCUGUCUUCUCCUGCCGCUCCUUGGCCUGUUUGUGUUCCUCUCAGAAACUGAGGUUGCCAAAGAACAGCCCUCGGAAAGGCAGCACAGGACCCUAUGGAAGAGGUCCUCUCACGGCCGCCACGGCUCCUCCCUCCUCAGGGCUGUGGCCCAGCUGAGGUCCCAGCUCCGGGCCCACCUCCUUCAAGCGCCUCCAGCCCCCAGGCAAAGACCCUCUGCCUGGCGCUGGGUUGGGGGCAUCCUUCUGGGCCCUGUGGUGUGGAGUAAGUGCCCCCGCCUCGGCCUUGUGGCACUGUGUGAGGCGGAAGAGGCCCCUCCUGCCUGCUCCAGACCUCAUGUUGGGGAGUCCCGCUUUAACUGGAAGCUCUUCUGGCAGUUUCUGCGCCCCCACCUGCUGGUCCUGGGGGCAGCCAUCGUGCUGGCGCUGGGUGCGGCCCUGGUGAAUGUGCAGAUCCCCCUGCUUCUGGGCCAGCUGGUGGAGAUCGUGGCCAAGUACACGAGGGAUCAUGUGGGGAGCUUCCUGACUGAGUCCCGGCAUCUCAGCACCUACCUGCUCAUCCUCUAUGGCGUUCAGGGGCUGUUGACCUUCGGGUACCUGGUGCUGCUGUCCCGCAUUGGCGAGCGCAUGGCCGUGGACAUGAGGAGGGCCCUCUUCAGCAACCUGCUCCAGCAAGAUAUUGCUUUCUUUGAUGCUAAAAAGACAGGGCAGCUGGUGAGCCGGUUGACAACUGAUGUGCAGGAGUUUAAAUCAUCUUUCAAACUCGUCAUCUCCCAGGGCCUGCGGAGCUGCACCCAGGUGGCCGGCUGCCUGGGGUCCCUGUCCGUGCUGUGCCCCCGCCUCACGCUGCUGCUGCUGCUGGCCACACCCCCCCUCGUGGGAGUCGGCACCCUGAUGGGCUCAGCUCUCCGACAGUUGUCUCGCCAGUGUCAGGAGCAGGUUGCCAGGGCAACGGGCGUAGCGGAUGAGGCCCUGGGCAACAUUCGGACUGUGCGGGCCUUCGCCAUGGAGCACCGAGAAGAGGAACGCUACGGAGCGGAGCUGGAGGAGUCCCGCUGCAAGGCGGAGGAGCUGGGCCGAGGCAUCGCCUUGUUCCAAGGGCUCUCCAACAUCGCCUUCAACUGCAUGGUCUUGGGCACCCUGUUUAUUGGGGGCUCCCUCGUGGCUGGACAGCAGCUGACAGGGGGAGACCUCAUGUCCUUCCUGGUGGCCUCCCAGACGGUGCAGAGGUCCAUGGCCAACCUCUCUGUCCUGUUUGGCCAGGUGGUGCGGGGGCUCAGCGCGGGGGCCCGGGUCUUUGAGUACAUGACUCUGAGCCCGUGCAUCCCACUGUCUGGGGGCUGCUGCGUCCCCCGAGAGCAUCUGCGUGGGGCCAUCACAUUCCACAAUGUCUCCUUCAGUUACCCCUGCCGCCCCGGCUUCCCGGUGCUGCGGGACUUCACCCUCACCCUGCCCCCUGGCAAGAUCGUGGCCCUCGUGGGCCAGUCCGGCGGAGGAAAGACCACCGUGGCUUCCCUGCUCGAGCGCUUCUACGACCCCACGGCGGGCGUAGUGACACUGGAUGGACGGGACCUGCGUACCCUUGAUCCCUCCUGGCUCCGGGGCCAGGUCAUCGGCUUCAUCAGCCAGGAGCCAGUCCUGUUUGGAACAACAAUCAUGGAGAACAUCCGCUUUGGGAAGCUGGGAGCCACAGAUGAAGAAGUUUAUGCUGCUGCCCGGGAAGCCAGCGCCCACGAGUUCAUCACCAGCUUUCCAGAGGGUUACAACACCCUCGUCGGUGAGCGGGGCGCAACCCUGUCUGGCGGCCAGAAGCAGCGCCUCGCCAUCGCCCGCGCCCUCAUCAAGCAGCCCGCGGUGCUGAUCCUGGAUGAGGCGACCAGCGCACUAGACUCGGAGUCCGAGCGGGUGGUGCAGGAGGCCCUGGACCGCGCCAGCGCCGGCCGCACGGUGCUUGUCAUCGCCCACCGGCUCAGCACCGUGCGUGGGGCCCACCACAUCGUUGUCAUGGCCCAUGGCCAAGUCUGUGAGGUGGGGACCCAUGAAGAGCUUCUGAAGAAGGGCGGCCUGUAUGCAGAGCUAAUCCGGAGACAGGCCCUGGAUGCCCCAGCUCCCGAGGUGCCCAGAGGCCCCAGGAACCGCCACCCCAGGUCCUGAGAGCAGCUGUCUGAGGUCUGGUCACUGC